AGCUGGCCGAGCUCUGGUACUAGCUGAGGAACGUGUUUGUGGCUCGGGCUAUCGGGAUGGGGUACGAGGUUGCUUGCUUCCGUGUGACGACAGCGACGACGACGGCGAUGAGAGCAGUGCGGGCGACGACGACGGCGACGGAAGAUGUUUGCGAGAGCUUUACGGGAGUGACGUCGGGUUUCGCGUAGAAGGGCUCGCGGCGAGGGGUACGGUGAGGAGUGGUUGGGAGUGGGUGUAUUCAAAGCUUUGAAGAGCUUCAAAGAUGAGGGUAGCAGCGGGGAGGAGGAGGAUGAGGAGGGGGGCUCUGCUGACUACUUGCUUCGCAGGAAGCUCCACACUUGAGUCCUUUAGUCUGAGACAGCUGAGGCCGCUUAUGAUUGCCAGGCGGGAUGUGUUCCGAGCAGGGUGUUGGGGGUGGGGGGGAGGGCCGAUUGGGGAGCGAGAAGAACGAGUGGGAGGAGAGAAGGAAGAUGGAGAAACCGUCCUCCGGUUAGAUACGACGCGGAUGUUUUCGAUGCAUUUAUUGCCGUUCUUGUUAUUAUGGCUGGGUUUUUGCUAUAGACAAGAUCUGAGCUGCUGAGCGACGGUUCGUUGUGGCGGGCGUGGCGCGUAGAGCAUGUGCAUGGAGG